AUGGAGAUCUUGCUGUCUGCAAUGCAGUCAUUCGUUUCCCAGGGGGCUUCGGGGGCUUCCGUCAACGUCCUUCAGCCGUUUCAACCAGUUCAGUCCCUUGGCGGAAACAGCAUUUCAUCCUCUACGUUUUAUUCAGGUGGCACCCUGAUAAACACCAGCUCUGGGCUGGGUGUCAGUGAGGGGCCGAAAUCUGCGACGGACUCGACCCCCACAGCAUCACCGAAUCCACAUCAAGCAGACGCCCGGCUCGAUUUCUUUCGGUCGCGAAUGCUGCCGUAUUUCCCUUUCAUCAAUCUUACUCCAGACAUGACAAGCUUGUAUCUGCGCCAAAACAGGCCUUUCUUGUUUCAAGCGAUCCAGACAGUUACCAUAUUCUCGACGCAGGAAAGACUGACUCAAGUUGAGGAGCUAAAGCGUGUACUAUCCACGUCUGCUUUGCUCGAACUCCAGUCAAAUAUCGACUUGCUACUUGGCGUAUUGAUUUACCUAGCAUGGAGUACCGACGCUUUUCUUGGCAGAGCAGACCUUGUCUCUCGCCUGAUGAUGCUUGCUAUUUCGCUAGUGUAUGAUCUGCGGCUGUUUAAACCAUCCACGCCAGACGUGCAAGCCAUGAUGUCUAUUACCCAGGGAGAGGCCGACGAAACGAGCCCCAACGAUCAAAUCACCGACGGCUUUUUGGAAAACCAGAGGGCUUUAUUAGCUUGCUUUAUUUUGAGCUCCAAUGUUUCGUCGCACCUUGGGCGUCAAGAUGCUAUACGAUGGACGCCUCAGAUGGAAGAUGCGCUUCGAGUCAUCACACUAAGCAAAUCAUGCCCUGCGGAUGAAGUAUUCGUUUUUCAAGUACGCUUGCAGCUGUUAAAACAAAGAGCGGAUCAUGUUCGACAACAGGAUGAGAUAGAUUGCGCUCGUACAGGGACAGCCCCUGUGGCGGCCUCAGCUCCUCGCUUCCUGUAUCUCAAAACUUUGCGAACGCAGCUCCAUGAACUGAGAUCUUCAUUCCCCAAACAUCACCACCAGAUAGACAUUCUCAAUACACACGCUCAAUACGUCGGAUUAUACAUAAAUCAGCUCGGUUAUUCUAUAAGUCGAGAUUCGCCUGCGCUCGGCCAAUCUGGACAAAUUGGUGACGGUGGGAUGUUACUGGAAUUCCAACGCCUCGAGUGUCUGUGGCAGUCGGUUGAGAAUAUCAAGUCAUGGCUGGACGAGUUCUACAGAAUUCCUUGCUCGAAACUUGUCGGCCAACCCUUUCACUUUUGGUCACAGAUGAUUCUGAGUAUCACACUUUUGAAAUAUCUAUCAACACUCAAAGACCCAGAAUGGGAUAGCCAAGCGGUGCGGAACAUCAUCGACCUAACAUCGACGAUGGACUGUAUGCUGCAGAAGCUUGACCUAAGCAGCGAGGAACUGCAGUGCGAUGACCAUUUACUCAAGCUUUUAUCCAAGCUUUUGACCAGAUGUCGGCUGUGGGCUGAAGCUCGAUGGACCAUGGGUUCUCAGUUACAAGACGUGGAGACUAGGCCGUGUCGGAGUGCCGACCCUGACACAACCGGUCACCAUCACCAUAUUCCAGAUCUAGAUCAGAUUGUCUGGAUGCAGUCAAUGGAUUUGGGAGAUGACCAGUGGUUUGAAGAUGUACUGGGUAUACCCACAACAUCCUACUAG